GAAACAGCUAUACUACAUGCUGUCUCAUUGUACCAUCAGCUCAGGAAACAACUUCUCAAGCUCCUCACACUGCCUCAGACUCAUUCACAUAUACGCACUUCAGUGCUUAUCUGUUCUGUCCUUUUUCUUUUCUUAUACAUCUGCGCCUGGUGACCUCUAUUAGUAGCCAUCAGCCUUUUAUGUACCAAACAUCUCUGGAUUAAAGCCAUGGACCUGCUCUUAUGUUCUUUUAUUGUGCUCUGUGUGUCUCUCUCCUUUAUCUCAGCAGCAACUCACUCUGUCCAAACCAUCGAGUAUGCAACCACAGUAAUGAUCAGCACCACCUCAGUGAAGGAUGCAAAUUUAAUCUCAAUACAGUAUACUGAAGGCAGUAGGAAUUCAAGUGGCUUCAAUGUUACCUUUCCUCCCAGCUCAGCAGGACAAACCAAGCCGGUCAGCCCAACAUCCGCUGGAUUUACAUCUCACAUGAGCUCUAACAUGGGACAAACCACCUCUUCCCCUGCAGCUGCGCAGACAGAUCAUGAUCCUGGACCUUCAGUAAAUCUUACAAAUGAGCAGACCCCCACAGCAGCACCACCUACACAGCCGCCAAGCAACAGCCUCACUAUGUUAGCUUUUGGUGUGAUGAGCUUCAUUCUCAUUCUGAUCAUCGUUAUGGUGGUCUUGGUAACAGCCGUUAAUCUCAGAGGACGAUGUAACAACACAAAAGAAGAGGGUGUUAAGGGCUAUGACUCAGUGAUAUCAGAAAGCAACAUGACCAGCACUGGAGAGAAAGAAAGCAUCACACUGGUCUCCGUAAGGACGAUAAACACGGAUACUGACACAGAUUCACCACAGAUUUCCUCCGUCCGCAGUACAAUACUGGACCAUGAGGACCAAGAGCUCAGCAGAGACCUCCUUAGUAGCAAAGCAUAGUAAACACUCUCAUGUCUCAUUCAGUACAGGGAUGGAGCACAGCUGCCACUUAUGUCCCCUUUCAGAAACAGUUAUCAAUGGUAUUAAAGGGACUGUUCACCUAUAGAUUGUCAGUUUUCCUCUUACCCCAAAUUUAUCAGACAAGACUUGCUUUGUGUCCAAAGUUUGUUCGUUUAGUAACAGAAGUAGCACAAAUAUUACUAGAUUUCCAUGAUUUGUUAGCAGUGUUUAAAGGUCCCCGUGGUAUUGAGGUGUCCUGUCCUACGAAUGUUAGUCUCUAAAGUACGAACCAGGUGAACCAGUCUGAAACAGCGCCACCCUGAGACAGACUGUGUGCAUCUCUAAUUGGUCAAGACUACCAAAGCCAGAAGCUGGUUAAUUGUAUGUGAAGCAGGCUAAACAAUGACAGCAUAUAAUCUGUCUGUCUGUCUGUCUGUCUGUCUGUCUGUCUAUCUAUCUAUCUAUCUAUCUAUCUAUCUAUCUAUCUAUCUAUCUAUCUAUCUAUCUAUCUAUCUAUCUAUCUAUCCAUCUAUCUAUCUAUCCCCCUAAUCCCCCUGUACUUCAGACACAUAGGUACAGUAGCUUUAUUGCUCCAGAACAAAUGUAAAAAAAAAAAAAA